AUGGAUAAAUCACGUCCGCGCAGUCGACGGCUGGUGACUUACGGCUCAUCUACUAAAAGCCAGCUUCAACCGAAGAACGUACCUUCACGACCAUCUGCCGUCAAUACGGGUAAACAACAGUCCCUACAUUUGUCUGCCAAUGAACUUUCAGAACAGGGGAGAGAUGACAAAACUCCACCACAUCCGCUUAACAUUGCGGAAAAAAGCAUAUACGAUUUAUCCUCAUCUGAUGACGAGCAUAAGCAUCAAAUUGUGCAACGAAAGCGAAGACGGCAUAGCCGCGACAUAAAUCCCGCUCUGGCCCGGGAUAUCUCUGAUUCUCGAAGCUCUCCUGCAGUAGGUACCACCGCUAGGCCUGCUACUAUGUCCGUUAAAGUUGAGCCUCGCCCGAAGACUCCAUUAUUGCAGACAAGGAAGAUCACGCAAGACAACAAAUGGCUAGAGUCUAGACGAGACGGCACGUCAGAAACAAGUUCCAAUAAAUCAAGUAAAGAAUCAGCCAUUCAAUCUCAGCGCAAAGCUUCGCGGUCAAAAAGGCUCUCGGAUGAAAUGGAACGAGAGGAAUCAAGGGAUUCCAAAGCCAAGUUGAUCUUGAAAGAAUUGAGCCCCCAUACCCCAUUUUCUCCAGGACCCGCAAAAGUAUUCAUGGGGAGUAUCACUCCAGGCCGUAAAAGGUUGAUAGAUUCAUUGGGUACCAGUGAAGAAUUUGCUGAUGUGCCGUCACCGAAUACGCCAACUGACAGCCAGAACUCUUCACCCGUUGUCCCCCACACACCCACUCGACUCCGAGACCACAAAUCACCAAGCUUACCGAGUGAGAAUCAGCAUGAGAAUCAGCAUGGGAACCAUAGCCAAGAAUCAGCUAUUGCACCGUCACCUCAUCUGCGGAGUUCCAAGGUCACUUAUGCCCGUCAGCGGUCCUUCCUCGACGAUCUUUUCCUGGAAGAUGCUCUUUCUGGCCGAGCCUCUUCAGCUGCCCUAGAACUGAAUGACCCAUUUUCUCAACCGCCUGAGGCGAUGAGUGCGUUUCCGCGCGCUCGUCUUUUCUCGCGAGAGGAUGAAAACAACGAUUAUGGCUCUGUGCGAAGUAUUCAUGAACUUCGUCAAGCUGGUGGAAACGCUCGCUAUCGGGGCGCAGUCGAGUCCAUCUUUGAAGACAUCGAGGACCAGCAUAUAUCUAUCUCAGGAAGAUGUAACGCAUUUAUCCAGCUGUGUGGCAAGCUGUUGGACCCCAAACUGGCGAGCCAGUUUGUCGAGUGCAACUUUGACAAACGACUAGUUGACUGUCUCUCCAAGGAUUUCGAUAUUGUCUCUGCUACUCUUGCCUUCAGCGCUCUCAGCUUGAGUUUUAUUGGAAGAUCUCUUCCAUAUAUCCUCGCAACAGUUGCAUGGCCAAAGUUGUUGGAUGUGUCUGCCGUGAUGCUAGAUACCCACGACGACAUUUCUGCAGUCAUCCGUGCUCAAGGGAGCAAAAUUUCCAAACAUGUACAAACAUCCGUGCAGAAUAUUGCUCUCCAAAUCCUAACGGCUUUAUCUCAUGACACACCGGUGUCAACACUCUCCCCCUGUCUCAUAGCUCUGCAUUGUCUGGGAGCGACUGUUGCCUCAUUCCAAGGAAAGGGAGAACGCCCCAGUGGCCUUCCCCUACCGCUCCUGGAGCAGCUGAUAGAUCUGUUGCUACCAGGAAAGUUGUAUAUGGGUGGCAAUUCGGAGAUAUCGCUCGGUGGGUCGCACGUUUUCAUUCUCGGAUUGUCCAUCCUGGAAGCACAUACAACUUCUGGAGGCCUUCUCCAGCAAAAUCAUCUAAGUAUUUUGAGCUCACUGCCGGGUCUUCAUGGCUUGCUCCGUGUGAAGAUCAACGAGUCCGAACCCAACAGUCAGCUAAUUCAAACGCUCUAUAUCCGUAUCAUUUUGAACGUGACCAACAGCAAUCCUUUGCUCUGUGAUAAAUUUGCAACCCCUAAAAUUCUCGAAGAGCUUGCAGAGAUUGUGAUGACAAACUUCGGUGAUCUAACUGAAAACUCACAGGGAAGCAAGUCACUUGACACCGUUAUUUUGGCGCUGGGUGCCCUCAUCAAUCUUACUGAACAGAGCGAAGCUAUACGCUCUGUUUUUAUCAACUCCAUCAAUACAAGGGGAUCUCUCCUGGAUAGACUAUUACCUCUCUUUUUGGGUCACGUCCAUUCAACCUCCAAGGCCGAUUCUUUUCCGAAAGUAAACCAGAAUGUUGCAGUUGGAUAUCUAGCAGUGUUAUUACUGGCACUGUGCCUAAAUCCCAAAGCUCGAUCACAUAUAAAGCAGUCUUUUCAAGCCAAAGGGCUAACGGUAGUCAUGUCUACUGUGGAUGAAUUCUUGCAUUAUCACCGGAAGAUUGAACAAGAUCAAUAUCCCUCGCAGGCCCCGAAAGAAUUAGGCGGGUUUCAUGUCAGCUUGGAAGAUCUGAUCUGUCAAAUUCGACAGACCCAAUGA